AUGUUGCAAAGCAAGUCAUUCGUCAGGAAAACAAAGGGAGGCAAAGUACUCAAGGUCGUUAGAGAACACUAUCUUAGAGAUGAUAUCUAUUGUGGAGCCUCGUUCUGCAAAGCCUGUGAUUCUUCGACUGCGCGCUUGAGCUCCACUGCCGCCACCAUUCUCAUUGUUGACACCAAUGUCGUUCUCAAUCAGAUUGAUUUGCUGGAAAAUCCGGCAAUUGACGAUGUUGUGGUGCUUUCCGUGGUAUUGGAAGAGGUGAAAAACAAGAAUCUUGGGGUUUAUAACAGAGUCAGGGCCUUGUGCAGUAAUUCUAUGAGGAAAUUCUUCGUUUUCUCUAAUGAAUACCACAAGGAUACAUAUGUGAAGGCCAUGGCUGGUGAAAGUCCAAACGACCGGAAUGACAGAGGAAAUGGUGGUUCAGCAAUUCGUGUGGCAGCGCAGUGGUACCAGAAUCAUCUUGGUCAGGGAACUCAUGUCUUACUAAUUACAAAUGACAAGGAAAAUAAGAGGAAGGCCACCGAGGAGGGCAUUUUUGCAGAGACAGUUGAGUCCUAUGUGAAAUCACUUGGUCUACCUGGAUUGCUUGACCUGCUUGUUCAUCCUUCCUCGGAAGAUGUUGGCAUGGAGGAUGUUGAAGAUCUGAGGCCUUUGAAAAGAAAAGUCAUCUAUACAGAGCAUAAGCCCAUGUCGGAGAUCACAUCUGGCUUGCAUCGUGGAAUUUACCAUCAAGGGAAACUUCGCGUUAACCGUUAUAAUCCGUUUGAAGCAUAUGUGGGUAGUGAGAGUAUUGGAGAUGAGAUAAUUGUCUAUGGACGAGCAAACAUGAAUAGGGCUUUUGAUGGCGAUAUAGUGGCUGUGGAACUUUUGCCUCAAGAUCAACGGCAUGAGAAGUCCCUGUCUAUAGCUGAUGAAGAGGAUGAGGAAGAAGAAGAUGUACAUCUGGCUCCCAGCAGUGCCGAUGCUGCUCCUAGAGUUACAAAUCUAGUGCAAGGAUCGGCUGGAGACAUCAAUCCCUUGUCUUCCCGUCCAUCUGGACGUGUUGUUGGUAUUAUAAAGCGGAAUUGGCACUCUUAUUGUGGAUCUUUGGAACCAAUGCCUAUGCCGGCAGGUAAUGGUGGUGUUGCCCAUGCUCUAUUUGUCUCCAAAGAUCGCCGAAUUCCUAAGAUUCGGAUUCAAACUCGACAGCUUGGAAAUCUUCUUGAUAAAAGAAUUAUUGUUGCUGUUGAUUCUUGGGAUUGCUUAUCUCGAUAUCCUUCUGGUCAUUAUGUAAGGACAAUUGGAGAAAUAGGCGACAGAGAUACUGAAAGUGAGGUGGUGUUGAUAGAGAAUGAUAUAGAUGCAAGACCAUUUUCUUCUCAAGUUUUGGCUUGCUUGCCACCAUUACCUUGGUCUGUUUCUUCUCCAGAUUUGGCAAAUCCUAUUAGGCAGGAUUUGCGGCAUUUGUGUGUCUUUAGCGUGGACCCUCCAGAUAUUGCUGAUGUCACAAAUUUUGUUCACCCUGGAACUCCCCUGGAUGAUGAGGCCGCACAGAGGGGAACUUCUGUUUACCUUGUUGAGCGCCGAAUUGACAUGCUUCCAAAACCUCUAACAGAAGAUAUUUGUUCGCUUCGCGCUGAUGUGGAAAGACUAGCUUUCUCUGUUAUCUGGGAAAUGACGCCUGAAGCAGAAAUUAUUUCAACAAGAUAUACAAAAAGUGUGAUUAAGUCGUGUGCAGCGUUGUCUUAUGUUGAAGCUCAAGCUAGGAUGGAUGAUAGUCGCUUGAUGGAUCAAGUAACUACAGAUUUGCGAAAUAUGAAUGCUUUGGCCAAGAUGAUGAGGCUUAGGCGUAUUGCAAGAGGGGCAUUAACCCUUGCUUCUGCUGAAGUAAAAUUUCAAAUUGACACUGAAACUCACGAUCCUCUUGAUAUUGGAAUGUAUCAAAUUCGAGAAGCAAACCAAAUGGUUGAGGAGUUGAUGCUUGCUGCUAAUGUUUCGGUUGCUGAAAAGAUUUUGAAACAUUUUCCUUUAUGUUCCCUGUUAAGGCGCCAUCCUAGUCCAACCAAAGAGAUUCUUGAACCUUUGCUUCGUACAGCUGCUGCUGUCGGUAUUGAUUUGGAUGUGACAUCAUCAAAAGCACUGGCUGAUUCGCUUGAUCGUGCUGUCGGUGACGAUCCAUACUUCAAUAAGCUUAUUCGCAUUCUGGUGACCAGAUGCAUGACACAGGCAGUUUACUUUUGUAGUGGGGAUCUCAGUCCUCCGGAAUUUUUUCAUUAUGGGCUUGCAGCGGCUCUGUAUACGCAUUUCACCUCUCCUAUAAGGAGAUAUGCAGAUGUCAUUGUACACAGGUUGCUUGCUGCAUCCUUGGGAAUAUACAAGCUUCCAGACAUAUUCCAAGACAGAGCCCAGCUUACCAGUAUCUCUGACAAUUUAAAUUAUCGGCAUAGAAAUGCCCAGAUGGCGAGCCGGGCUUCAGUGGAGCUCCAUACGGUCAUCUAUUUCAGGAAAAGGCCCACAGAUACGGAGGCCAGAAUAGUGAAAAUAAGAUCGAACGGCUUCAUUGUUUUUGUGCCCAAGUAUGGUAUUGAAGGGCCUGUGUACUUGAUGGCAAGAGGUGAGAAGGGAGGGGGUGAAUGGUUGGUAGAUGAGCAACAACAGAAGGUUAAAAAGAUCGAUGGCAGCAUUAGCUAUGGUGUUCUUCAAACAGUGAGAAUUCACAUGGAGGUUGUGGAGCCCCAGCCCAACCGGCCAAAACUCCAACUUACACUUGACCAGGGGCAUGUAGCUUAGGAAUAAUGGAGAAGAUAAGGGAACUUGUUUGAGGAAUAGUAAUAGAUUAUGAGCUGUUCUGUAAAGUAAUAGUGGUCUUUAUUGUUGCGAAAGUGUUCAAGUGCCUCGAGUGUAUUAUGUGACGCGACUGAGUUAAUAUAAUUCUUUUAUUUUGCUGCAUGAACCAUUAUUUUUGUGGAACUCCCCUUUGUUACUAAAAGGGACAGACAGACAUUUUCAUUGUCAUCAGAACUGUUGUUUGCUAUAUUUUUGCAUACAUCGGACCUCUUAAAUUUGCAAGCGAUUUCUUG